CAGCAAGAGGCACGACACACUUUGUGAUUUUGGUUCAUAUUCAGGCUGUUACUUACAUUAACAAAUACAUAGACAGAAGGAUAGAAGGAAGAUAGAAGGGUAGAAGGACUUUGGGAUGAGUUUUUUUAAUGAAGCACAAUGUCAGUAUCUGUGAAAGUUAUGACCAUUAUACUAACACUGUUCAUUUUUUACAUUACCUUUGAUCUUGUACAGUCCCAAACAACAUGUAUUGGAAUAUCGCUUUCUAAAUAUCAAUGGGAAGAUGAGAUAUACAUUAAAUUCCCUAAUGCUGAGGCACUAGAAAAUCCUCUGAAGUCAUUUAAAGUUUUGACAAGGACCAGAUGCGAGUCUAGCUGCUCUGUUGUACCAGAAACAUGCAAAUCGUAUAACCUACGAUACAUUGAAGGAGAGAAACACAUGAAAAUGUGUGAAUUAUUUGGGCCAUAUUUGACGAGCGAAUCGCCUACUAACACAACAAAAGAUGUUGACCACUACAUGAGAAAAGCUUCCUGUAGAGAAAACGGCGAACAGCUGAUAUCUGGAGAUACUUACUAUGUUAAUGAUGCAGGGAUAACCGCAUCGUCAACUCAUAGCCCUGGUCUCUCUACAUUACAAUCUAGAUUGGACACACAGGGGGGAGGAUCGUGGUCUGCAGGUGUGCUUGACACGAAUCAAUGGAUUCAGGCAGAUCUUGGUGAAGUCAUGGUAGUGACGGGGGUGAUCACUCAAUCGAGAUAUUCCUAUAACCAAUGGGUUACAUCAUACAAAUUCUUCUAUGGUACAACUGUGAACAAUCUGGAAGAGUAUGGAGUGGUUCUCCCAGGAAAUGUGGACAUUAACACCAAAGUUACAAACACGAUUGAGCCCGCUGUCUUUGCUAGAUUUGUGCGCAUUAAUCCUCAAUCUUGGUAUGUCUAUAUGUCCAUGAGGUUUGACGUCAUUGGCUGUCCCUCCUAACAAGACUGAAAAUUUGUCUUCUGAAUUCAACGAAAACUAUCAGAAUGAUGAAUACCAUACAAGAAUCCCAUGGGAACACACAAUAAUGGACCAUAAUAGGCAUUGUUAUUCAUAAACAUGUAAAUGAAUUGAUUUAAACCAAGGGGGGCCUAGUUCCAUCCUCACUUCCUUCCAUGUUAUAGAGAGUGUCUGCACGUUUUAUAAUAGUAGGUAGUAAAAUCUCACUGCGU